AUGUCUUCUGAAGACGUCACCGGAGCUACUCCUCAGGAUGUUGGUGAACUAUCGCACGCGUUCGGCCGGACCAGCCUUGCUGAUGGCCCGGACGGCGAGCCAACGCCUAGGACCGAAGAAGAAUACGCCGAGUCGUCCCUUACUUUGCGCGCUAUAGUCUCUUCCAAGGAAGCGGGUGUUAUCAUUGGCAAGGCCGGCAAGAAUGUCGCUGACCUGCGCAACGAGACCGGUGUUCGCGCCGGCGUUAGCAAGGUCGUCCUAGGAGUGCACGACCGUGUGCUCACCGUCACUGGUGCUCUCCGUGGGAUCGCAAAGGCUUAUGGGCUUGUUGCCAGGGGACUGCUCGAAGGUGCCCCGCAGAUGGGUAUGGGCGGCUUGCUCAGAAGCGACGGCACCCAUCCUGUUCGCCUGCUCAUAUCCCACAAUCAAAUGGGUACCAUCAUCGGUCGCCAGGGCCUGAAGAUCAAGCAGAUUCAGGACGUCUCAGGCGUUCGCAUGGUGGCGCAGAAGGAGAUGCUGCCACAAUCUACUGAACGCAUUGUCGAGGUUCAAGGCGCGCCCGGAGGAAUUGAGAAGGCUGUCUGGGAAAUUGGCAAGUGCCUGAUCGAUGACAGCGAGCGCGGCUACGGAACAGUGCUCUACAAUCCAGCCGUCAGAGUUGCUCCGGGAGCUGGCCCAAUCCCCAACGGUGGUGGAAUUCCCGCUGGAAUCGGUGGUGCACCCCGCUCUUACAACCGUACUGGACACGGCGCGGAUUUCAGCGACUCUCCGCCCAACACCUACAACAAUCGACGGUCUGGAUCUGAGGUCGGAACCCGACCCCCUCCCCCAACACACACCGAGGAUGGAGAAGAGAUGCAGACUCAGAACAUCAGCAUCCCUUCAGACAUGGUUGGCUGCAUCAUCGGCCGCGGUGGCAGUAAGAUUAGCGAGAUUCGCAAGAGCUCCGGGGCUCGCAUCUCCAUUGCGAAGGCCCCUCAUGACGACUCCGGCGAGAGAAUGUUCACCAUUACCGGCAGCUCGGCCAGCAAUGAGAAGGCUCUGUAUUUGUUGUACGAGAAUCUAGAGGCUGAGAAAAUGAGGCGAAGCCAGGUACAAGAGUAG